AUGGCCCUCCUCGGGGUUGCCGCCGUGCUCCUCCUCCUCGUCGCCGGCACCGACGGCGCCGUCAAGGAGGAGCAGCACGGCUUCGCCAUCUGGACUGCCACGGCCGGGGGGACGGACGGCGAAGGCGCGUGCGGCUACGGUGGCCACCCGGCGGAGACCAUCCCCUUCAACGGCCUGGUCGCGGGGCUGGGCGCCGACCACGGUGACUGCGGCGUCUGCUACAGGGUCAUCUGCCACCACAACGACGCGUGCGACGACGACGGGUUUCGCGUCACCGUCACGGACAUGUGCCGCGGCGCGGCGUGCGCUCAUGCUCGGGGCAACCUCUUCGAGUUGACGAAUGAUGACUUCGUCCGGAUGGCGAAACCUGGCCGCGGGGACGAGCUGCGUGCCGCCGGGCUGGUGUCUGUACGCUACCAGUGGGAGGACUGCGCCUACUCGCCGUUGCCCCCGUCCGGCCUCAACUUCCCGGCCUUCCGCGUCGUCCCGGGCUCUACCGACAAGGACUUCGCCGUCACCGUCGUGUGCAUCGAAGGCAUGGCGGCCGGCAAGGAAGUCAUGGUGCAGAUAAAGAACAAAGGAGAGGCGGACUGGCACUUGAUGACUUGGACCGGGGGAGCCACCUGGAAGUACACCUCGCGCAACACGAGCCUGACCCCUCUGCCCGUCACCGCCCCCAUUUCGAUGAAGGUCACGGAGCCCUUGCUCGGCUCUUACCGCCCGCCGCCGGUCAAGGAGGUCACAGCGGACGAGGUCAUCCCGGCUGGCUGGCAGGCGGGAAAGACCUACUAUCCGCGAGCGAGCUAGAUGAUGAUAUCCCAGUCAUGCCAGCCAGAUCAUAUCGAUAUGUAUGUGUGUGAUAUGUAGUGCGUGUACGAUGAUGAGACGCAUGCGUGCAUGUACCGAUGUAA